AUGGACCUGCUGGAAGCUGGGGUGCCCUCCGUGCCCAGCCGUGCCAUCCAGGACAGGCUGGACAUGGAGGCCAAGCCCUCGGCGCCGCGGCCGCGCCGCUUCGAGCGCCACGUGCAGCCCUGCGUGGCCGAGCUGCUGGGCAGUGCCCUCUUCAUCUUCAUCGGCUGCCUGGCCGUGCUGGAGGAGCCGGGGGGCACGGGCCACCUGCAGCCCGCCCUGGCACACGGGCUGGCCCUGGCUGUCACCGUGGCCGUGCUGGGGGACAUCAGCGGAGGCCACCUGAACCCCGCCGUGUCCCUGGCCGUGUGGCUGCUCGGGGGGCUCCCCACCACCAUGCUCAUCCCCUACUGGCUGUCCCAGCUCUGCGGAGGGGCGAUCGGAGCCGGCCUGGCAAAGGCUGUGGCACCGAGCGAGCACUUUGGCAAUGCCAGCGGAGCAGCCUUCGUUGGCAUCACGGCUGGCGAGCAGGUCCCCGCUGUCCUGGGGGCUGAGAUCGUCCUGAGCUCCUUCCUGCUCCUGGUGGUCUGCAUGGGAACCGUCAAUGGCAGGACCAGCACCCCGCUGGCCCCGCUCUGCAUCGGCCUCGCCGUCACCGCCGACAUCCUGGCAGGGGGCGGCGUGUCCGGAGCCUGCAUGAACCCAGCCCGAGCCUUCGGGCCAGCUCUGGUGGCCAACUGCUGGGACUACCACUGGGUGUACUGGGUGGGGCCCAUGGUGGCCGCGCUCCUCGUCGGGGCCCUGGUGAGGCUCCUGAUGGGUGACCAGGCCACCCGCCUGCUCCUGAAAUGA